AUGUCUUACUCCCUCCACACUGGGGAUGGUACGGCCCUGCUCCUCCCCCCGCACUGGAUGUGGUACAGCCACGCCCCGCCCCCUGCACCGGAUGACGCAGUGGGUGACGCAGGCAGGCGCCUGCUGGGAAUCAGGUGGCGGCGUUCCGUUUCCACGGCAACGGGCCCAGCGGCUCCGCGUGAGAGUUCGGACUGCGGAUUGUCCGGGGCGGCAGCGGGCCGGGGCCGGGACCGGGACCGGGGCGGCGGCACCGCACAUCCAGCAACAUUGAUGAUGCAGGAAUCCAAACUGAAUCUGUUCCAACAGAGGCAGCUGAACAGAAGGCUGCAGGGUGAAGGGUGAUUCUUACCUGUGAGUUGCAACCCCACUUCUAGCCAGGUUUCAGACCCUACUCCACUGCCGCCAGCUCCAUCUCUCCGAGUCCAACUCCUCUCCAAACCACAGCUACGUCCUGCAGAAAGCUGUCGUGCUGGUGAUGCAUACCAACGGGAAAGAUUUCGGCCUCGACCAACAAGAAACUUGGAGAAGGAAAAGCAACGCCUGCAAAAUAUCAUGGCAACUGGGAAGGACGGUCUGAUGCCAGGCAAAAAACAAAAACCCAAGGAAGAGGAAGAAGAGAAACCAGAAAUUGACCGGUUCGACGAGUUAUGUAAUGAGAUUGAAGAGAGACGGCAAUUCCUGGAGCAAAUGGAAUCUUUUGGCCGAGGGAAGGAAUUCCGCGGAAUCAUUCACACUGAAAUUUCCCAGAAAAUCCGGGAGAUGGAGGAGAUCGACAAGAGGAGGAGCAGUGAAUUGAGGCAGCAAAUGGAGAUGGAUAAGAGAGAGGGGGAAUCUGCUUGCUCAUAGUUUUAUACUAGAUAUCAAAAUAAAGUCUGAAGAAUUAAAAAUUA